UCUAGUAAUUUUUAUUUUUUUAAGAAUUGCUGAAAUUGUUGGUGCAAAUGAUCUCGGACUUGGUGUUACUAUGGUCAAUUGGCUAUAAAGGUAUUUUGUUGUAUGGCACUCCUGCUCAACAAGAAAAAUAUUUACCUGAUUUGGCAACUGGGAAACGAUUUGCUGCUUAUUGUCUCACAGAACCUAGUUCUGGUUCUGAUGCAAAUUCGAUUCAAAGCCGUGCACAAAAGUCAGAAUGUGGCAAAUUCUAUAUACUUAAUGGCGGAAAGAUUUGGAUAAGUAAUGGUGGAAUUGCAGAUGUUUUUACUGUAUUUGCUCAGACUCCAAUAUCACAACCUGAUGGCUCUACAAAGGAUAAAGUUUCUGCUUUUAUAGUUGAAAGACAAUUUGGAGGGGUAACAAAUGGACCUCCAGAGAAGAAAAUGGGAAUUAAAGGGAGUAAUACAACAGAAGUACAUUUUGAUAAUGUAAAGAUCCCUGUAGAGAAUCUUUUGGGUGUGGAGGGAGAAGGAUUUAAAGUAGCAGUGAAUAUAUUGAAUAAUGGACGCUUCAGUAUUCCCGCAGCAACAACUGGCUCAAUGAAAUAUUGUAUUCAAAAAACAAUUGAACAUGUCAAUCAACGUGUGCAGUUUGGAAAGAAGCUUAAGGAAUUUGGACGUAUUCAGGAAAUUUUAACUGAUAUGGUUAUUCGACAUUAUUUUGGCUUCCAAUAUGGAUGCUGGUGCUACGGAAUAUCAAUUGGAGAGAAUGCUUGGCAGGUGUGUGAUGAUGCUAUACAAUUACAUGGUGGAAUGGGAUUUAUGCGUGAAUGUGGAUUAGAGCGAGUACUUCGCGAUUUGCGAAUAUUUCGCAUUUUUGAAGGAGCUAAUGAUAUUCUCCGUCUUUUUGUUGCUUUAACAGGAAUGCAAAUAGCUGGAAAACAUUUACAACAAAUUGCAAAUGAUAUAUUUUCUGGAAAUAUUUCUGCUCUUGUUGGAGAAGUUAGUAGACGGGUUUUUCGAACAAAUGGUUCUGAAAAAAUUUCUGAUCUUGUACAUCCAAGUUUAAAAAAUGAUGCUUCAACACUUAAUUCUUUAAUUGUUAAAUUUGGCAAAACUGUGGAACAGUUACUCAAAAUGCAUAGAAAAAAUAUUAUUGAACGUCAAUACGAACUAAUUCGAGUUGCAAAUGCUGCUAUUGAUAUAUACAGCAUGGCGGUAGUACUUUCCCGUUGUAAUUAUGCGCAAGAGAAAACUGGCGGGUGUUCAGCCCACGAUCAAAAAAUUGCCAAUCUUUUUUGUCGCCAGGCAGCUAAACGUGUGAAUGCAAAUUUAGAUGAAGCAAUGGGGCCUAGUGAGAGGGAAAUGGAUUUGAUUGCGCAGAUUGCCGGUAAUGUUUGCGAGAAUGGAGCUAUGGUCCAAAAACACCCUGUAGAUUUGUAAUUUUUGAUCAAUGACUGAAUGGAAAAAAUUGACAUUUAUACAAUAUGCCACUUUAUGCCUUAUAUUUGUAGUUAAAUGGACAGACCUCCAGCUAAUUUUUGUAAUACAAACACCUAUAUAU